AUGGCAAUAUUUGGUAAUGCGUUGCCGAAUUUCGAUUUCGCUAGAAAAGAUUUUGUCCAUUUACUUAUGUUUGUUUUGUUGCAGUCUCUCUGCAAUGCAUGUGGUAUUCGUUACAGGAAGAGGAAAAUAAGUGUUAGAAUGGAAGAAAGGAAAGCCAGAAAAGUUUUCUCCAUUACUGGGAACGCAGAAAGCAAGCGGAAUUCGAACGCGGAAGAGACGAAGAAAGGGCAGAGGGUCAAACGGGAAAAGAUGGUAAUGACAUUGAGCGAGGAGGAGAUGAGGAUGAGGCAGAGGGACAAGCAGGAGAAGAUCCUAAUGGUUAUGUUCCAUCUUCGUCGCGAGGCAGGGAGCUGGAGGCAGAGAGCGUUACGGGAACGAUCAGACGAAGGUGUGGAGAGUGAGGAAGUUGCAGAGGCGGCGCUGCUCCUGCUCUACUUGUCCUGUGGCAUCUCUGUUCACUUUUAG